UUAUAGACCAAGCAGGCACGACUGAAUUAAGUCAUCGCCUUUUGCAAUGAAUCACAGGCAUCAACGACUGAAGGGUUAGUUGUAGCAGUAUCAGCAAUUGGCACCGGAGAUACGGCAGGUAAUAGUCAUCAAUUACACCCAUUCGUCAGACUUCAUUCAGCUUGCUGUCCCGAAACAUUGCUGAGGUUUCACGGGAUGAAAGCAGAUAUCGAACGUAUUAACUUAACUGCCCCAUCUGCAGAGCUGAUCAUAACUAGGUCGCUUCGCCUAUUGUAGGCAAUGAAUACCACGUGAUGCUAUUGAAAUACGCGCUGCGUCACUCACUCUUCAUCUAUUCAUAGUGAUCGCAUUAGAUCGUAUAGUCGCCUCGCUUUCAUCGGUUUGUAGUCAGCCAUUUUGCGAUUGUGCUUUGUUGAAAGUGUGUGUGUGUUUCCGUAGCCUCUCACUGACUGUAACUCAACAGCGAUCGGCAUUAAACAUCUCGCACGGCUUUCUAUACGGAACUAUAAGGACACCGUAACAGUUUAUCUGCAGUCGGAUUAUAUACAUACAUACAAACGUAUAUUUUAUACCUUCAUUUAAGAAAGACACUGACUUAUAUACACAUGUAUGUUUUUAGGCCCAAAUUAUUCCGAAGAUAAGUGCCUAUUUUACCAUGAGCCAUCUAGUUAUUAAGCAUGCCAAACGCAACUAGCCUUGGAAACUUCUACCCAUCUCCAAAUCACAAAAAUGAUUUAACAGCUUAAACCAGCAGCUUUACAAUAAAGAAAUCAACAGCUCUGUGCACUUAUUAUCAAUACCUGAAGAAAAAUUAAAAACUCAAUCUACUAUAAUGGAUUCUCUAACUUUGAUUUCAAGACCUAUUGAUGUGAUGAAACUAAAAUCUUUCAGUCAACUGAACACAGUCUGUUACAAUGGAGAUACUAUCAGGAUGAAUCCUUCUGUUCAAAACAAAGGGGACAUGAUACUCAGUUCUGAGACAAAAAACUUUACAGAACUAUUUCCUCGUGAGUCUUCAUUUCCAAGCAUGAAAAAGACAUCAGAUGUUGAGUGUGUACCAUUAGCUGGGUCUUCUUUGCAGUCUACCACUGGGCAUCUUCCUUGUGUUACUACUCCACUUGUAGCAUUUGUUAAUCCAACAGCUACUUCAUUAAUGUCUCAAACCUUGAAACCUGUUUCAUCAACUUCUAAUUCUUCUCCUCUGUGCUCAAGUAGCCAGGUUGCUGGAAAAAACAACUUACAUCAACAAUCUGCUCAACAAUUAAUUUUUGUUAAAUCUUCUGUCUCACAACCAAAAUCAGACACUUAUGUGAUUACUGCUGGGGAAAAAUCAAAUAGCUUUAUGAAACCAGCAUCACAAACAUUCUUUGGAAAUGACUGUACAAAACUGAUACCGGUGGCAACUAUUGUUCCAAACAAUGCUUCCCUUAUAACAAAUUCAAAAAAGAAUGUCAAUUCUGAUCUCCAUCGGGAACCAGCUCUUGCAAGUCAAAACUUCAAACAGUUCAAAGGUGAUAAAAUUUCAUCAAAUAUAAAAAUGUCUUUACCACAUUCUUCUAUGUUUCAUUCUAAUUCCAAUAAUAUCUUGACCACUUCUCCCUCAAUGCCAUCUCCAUUGAUCUUUUCUUCAUACAAUUCAAAACCGGAACUCUCUGAUCACACAGCUACAAUGUCACAACCAUUAAACCUGACACUUCAAGUUGUUCCACAACCUUUUACAAACAUUGAAUCAAAAAACACAUGCUCUAAUCAAGUGAGAAAGUCUAAAUAUGUUCCUGUUCAACAGUUUUAUCAUCCUAACAUGGCUCUUCAUUCACUGCCAAAUCCUCAUCCUACUCUUAAUCAAACAAAUCAACUCCAAAUGUUUUAUAGUCCUCUUUCCCAUAACUGUUUUACUUCUCCCUCUAUAGAUUAUAGCCAAUUUCAAAACCAAACUCUACCAUUACAAAGAUCUCAACCAGUUGACUCGAAUUUUGCUCUCGGUUCUCCUUAUGGGCAAUACAUAAAUCCAGGUACUCGAGAGCACAACAGUAAUCCAGUUUCUCAAGCACACCAAAUAAAUCCUGUCCCUCAUAACCACCCCAUCACUCAUAAUUCAUCUCAUUUUACUCAGGGAGCGUUUGGUAACACUUCUGUUUUGACAAACCCAGUUUUACUAAACACUACAGGCAAUUGUUCGGACCCUCCACUUGCCCUGAAGAUAGACUCAAUAUAUUCUCUUGCUGACAAUUCAGAAAACAAAUGUGAUCUCAAUUUAGUUCCUUCAACAUUAGGUUUUAAACCGUCAAAGCUAGGUCUUAAUAUUUCAGGUAAAAUUUCAAUAGAAUCCAAGGAAAAUGUGAAAACAAAACGGAAACCAAGUUUGCAAAGACCACGAGGACGACCUCCUCAAAAGACUCCCAAAUUUGUAAAUAAAAAGCAGCGGGACAACAAACCUAAAAAAAUCAAAGCAAGUAAACCACUUAGGGAAUCCAAGUCAGUGUUAAAUAAUAAUUUACCUAUCAGUAGGGAAGAUAUCACUGUAAGUUGCCAUGCAAAUGACUUUGAAAGUUUAAAGCCUAUUACUGAUGAGGAGCGGAAACUUAACAGCUUUUUUAAAUAUCUUGGACUUUGUCGCAGUUCAACAGUCAAUACAGAUAAAUCCAAAAAGUGUUGCGACUUGUCAGGUGGGGUUGGGGGUAAAAUCAGCAGCCACUGCUAUGUCUCUAGGGAAUUAGCACGCUGCUUUAGUUGUUAUCUUGUUGUUCCCAAAUUAAAUCUUCCUAGUGACUUCUCCUUAAUGAAUACCAAUGAUAGCUUAGCUACAGUCAAAACUUCAGAAAAAUGUUCAAAAGAAUGUCGUCAUAAUUUUCUCAGUGAGUUAGGGUCUACAACUGGAAUUGUUCCAAGAAGUGGUGAAAUAGAUUUCUAUUGGAAAAUUAUUCCUGAAAUUGCUAAAUGUUCUCAUACAAGGAAAAAAUACUGCCGAAAGUCUAAGAUGAAAGCUAUUGCUAAUGGUGUUGGUUCUGAAUGCAAAUGUGUAGGAUGUGUUAGCUGCCCUUCAAAGAAACCUGUAAAUCAUGGAAAGAUAAAUUAUUUGAAGAAAAAAGUGAAGACAGACAUAUCAUCUCCAAGGAUGACUGUUCUGAAAGGAAUACGAGAAAAAAUUACCACAAAAUACUCAAAAAAGAAAGAAUUUGCUUCUAGUGAAUUAAACAAAAACCUUAAGUCAGAAGAUUCAAAGCAAUUCAACAAUGGUUUUAGAACUGAUAAAAUAAUGUAUCCAAUAGAUAAAAAGAAGAAAUUAAAAAGCGAAACAUUUAUUGGAAAACCUGAUAUAAAAGUUUGUAAUGAACAACAAGAAAGUAAAGGAAAAAUAAAUACAUUGUUGUAUCAUGACAAACCUCACUAUCACCAGGCAGUAGAAACAACACCAAGAUUAACAUUUUCAGACACUCCAAAACCACUAACUGAACUUGAUAUUCCCCCAAAAAAUAACUUACCAUUAAUAGGUUCCUCUUGUGACUCUUCUGAUCGUAUUAAACGACUGAAAGAAAUCUUAAAAGAACAGCAAAGAGAUUUAGAAAUUGCACGGCAGUAUCUCAAGUCUAAUGAAAGACAAACAGAAAAUUUUCAGAGUAUUACAAAUUAAAACAACAUAUAACAGUUGUAAAGAUUCAGUAUUUUAAAGAUAGAUUUUAUAGUUUUAGCACUGUAACCCUUUACAUUCAAGCACAGUUUUAUACAAAUACACACAUACUACAGUCAUGCAUAUGUAUACAUAAGUGAUUUGAUAUCAUAAUACUUUCUCAUAUUUAGAUUCAUGCUUGCAUUCUUACAUGCAUGCAUGCAUACAUUCAUGCACUCAUAGACAUACAAUGUGUAGUGCAUGUGUUUGACUAUUAAAACAAUUUCAAGUGCCUAAUUUAAAUUAGGAUCGGUUGGUACUCUGCUAGCACCGUUCUACUUCCUAGUCAUACAGUCCAGUUUGCUAAUGAAGAUGUUUGACUUGUUCAUUAAAUCUAGAUUUUCCCUUUAUUGAAUUGUGGCCUCUAUUUAAAAAUUUUAUAUUUCCUUUGUAUAUAUAUAUAAAUUAUCAUACAAACACAGAAACAAGUAAAACAAAGCUCACAGGCAUUGUUAGUGUUUCAAGUAAUCCAGUAGCUCAAAAUGGUGAAUUUAUUAUUUUUUCUCCUUAUUUGCUACUGAAUUGAACAAUUUGAACUUUUGAGACAAUGAAAUGAAAGUAAAUUAAGUUGGUUCAUUAUUUACAGUUACUAACAUUAUGAAAAUAUCAACUUAUUUAUUAAAAUUAUAUUGUAAUAUUUAACAAUGUUUGAGAAAACUCUGUGACAUCUUUAGAUUUUUCACUGCCCAGUCUAAACUUUGUGUCCGGAAUUGACUCUUCAAUUCAGAUUUUAUCCAUUAUGAAUUGGAAUGGUUUUAAAUUUUUUAUAAAUCUAUUAAAAUUUGCAAGUUUUUAUUUUGCGCGUUUAUAGAAGCUAUACUCCUAAAACUUGAUUUUUAGUUCAAGUUUGUAGAGCUCAUCCACUAUUGGUAGUGAGUAAAAACAUCUGAAAUCAA